UUGCAUUUCAAGAGCUCAGUACGAGCUUAACUGACCAAAGACGCGGUUGCCAAAUAAUUAUAUAUCGGGAGAGAAAUAAUAUCAAUUUUAUAGUAAAUAUGGAAUAUGGUGACACAUAUCCGUAUAACCAGCAGACUGACCACGUCGUUACAAUGGCUGUCCCAUCGGAGAAUGCUGCACAAAAUUGUACACCCGCUGUUGUUCACGUUAAAGCCUCUGUCCCACCAACUGGGUAUGCCCACAGCCUGCAACAGCCGCCACAAAGUGUACCGCCAGUGGAGGGUUGGUUCGCACGCAACCGAGCCAUUAUGCCGCAAAUGACCUCAGCCGGAGCAGCUAUGCUCGUUUUGGUUUCGGGCGGCAUGAACAUCGCUUGGAGCUGUGGAGUUACCGGUGUUCGGAGCUUCAGAUUAGAAAGGCAUAUUUUCAUAUGCUGGUACAUCGCUGCGAUUAUUGGAGCUUUAGUCUCAGCAUUCAUCACUAACCGCGUAUCAAAGAGGCUCAUUUAUCUAUUUUCGUCCUUUUUGGUUCUGAUCGGAGGCAUAUUCUUCGUAGCAUUGGCUCAUGAAUACGGGGCCAUUGCCGUCGGCCGCUACUUGAAUGGCUUCGCUGUAGGGCUCAUGUUCGUGCCAAUGAUAGUGUUGAUCGGCGAAGAGGUGAUCAGUAGUAGGCGCGGCAUGGCCGCCGCAAUUUUGGAGGCAGGCAGCGUUACUCUCGGAAUUUACCUGCAAAUUGUAUUUACGGCUACCUAUGCUCAUAAAACAACUUCAUUCGACAACUCAUUUGGACCCACACAACUGCAUGGCAUCGUCGUUAUCGUUAAUGCAGUCUUAGCGUUUGUUAUGUCUUACUUCUUGGUGGUCGAAUCCCCCGUUCAGCAUUUGAUGGAAAAUAACGAGCUGGAGGCCAUCAAUUGCCUGCGACGUCUGCAACGUCCAUUCGUGGUAACGCAGGAGACAUAUCAGCGUUUGGAGGAACAUAAACGCUAUAUUCAAGCCAACGAUCCGAACGGCGACAAAGGUAUACCGGCACUAGUAAAGCUUUGCUUAAUACGUGGCCUGGUUGCGCUCUCAUUCUCGUCGGUCAUUACUAGCGCAGUUCGUUUUGCGACUUUGCGGUAUACAAUCAAAACCGUUACGUGGCCUUCGUAUACAAUCAAAAUCGAUACGUGGCCUUGGAUACUAUUUGGAUUGUUUUUGUGGCUGGGCAGCUAUAUUGCAGCCUUCGCUUUGGACUUGGUUGGACGCAAGAUAGUCCCUCUUAUCAGCGCCCUUCUCUGCGGUAUCUUGGCGAUCGCCAUCGGCGCCAUUUGCAAAGAUUUAAUCAACAACUUCUCUCAGUCGAAAGUGGGAUCUGUGUUAUUUAUGCUCUUCGUGCUCGGACUGUUUGCGAGCUUCUUCAGCAGUUCGUCUUCAGCAUAUUUGACUGAAGCAUUUCCGCUGCACAUGAAGCCCUUUUACAUUGCUCUGUCCUUCACUGUGCAGAUGUUCGUUUUACUCAUUAUCGGUGUAUGCAAAAAGGAUCAAAACACUUUCGGCGCCUACUUCAUUACAUUUGGUGUAUUUUAUUUGGUAUUCUUUAUUAUAGGCUUUUUCUGUUUGCCCGAGACCAAGCAAGAUUCACUGCAAGAAGCUCAAAGAAAAUUCAGAAAUUUUUUAAUACGAUGAGCGUAAUUCAAUCGUAUUACUCACGACACGAUAUUAUUUGAUCAAGAAUAAAGUCUUAAUUUGGGUCUUUAUAAAUACGUGGUU